UUGAGACACCGCGCUGUCAAAAGCAGGAAGUACAGAAUGUGAAGUAAAAUGCGAGCUGCUUGUCUUUUCAUUGAUCUCUUUUCCACAUCUUUCAUCUUUAAUUACACGUCCUGUUCCAACGAGCACCCGUUGUUGUGUGCACACUGUGUAAGGCACACGGCAUGCUAACCAAAUUGUUACUUGAACAAAGGAAGUCCAGACACAAGUUACACUAAUGCUCAUGAUAAGUCCCAAAAUGGCAUCAGGAAUGCAAGAGAAACAGUAUACACCAUCUCUGCUCAAUUUUUUCAUUUAUAAUCCGACAUUCGGUCCACGAGAAGGAGAGGAAGAGAAGAAAAUUUUGUUUUACCACCCAAGUGAAGUUGAGAAGAAUGAGAAGAUCCGAAAUGUGGGGCUUUGUGAAGCCAUUGUACAAUUCACUAGGACAUUCUGUCCAACAAAACCAGCUAAGUCCCUACACACACAGAAGAACCGGCAGUUUUUCUUUGAAGCUGAGGAAAAUUUCUGGAUAGUCAUGGUGGUUCGAAAUCCAAUGAUCGAAAAACCAAACAAAGAUGGUAAACCUCCCACGAUAGAGUAUCAAGAAGAGGAAAUACUGGAUACUGUUUAUGGAGCUGUCGUACGGCAGUGCUAUAGUAUGUACAAGCUCUUCAAUGGCACUUUUGGAAGAGCGAUGGAAGCUGGAGGAGUGGAGCUGCUUAUUCAAAAGCUUGAAAAGUUCUUCUACAGGUAUCUGCAGACUCUCCAUUUGCAGUCUUGCGACCUGCUGGAUGUCUUCGGAGGCAUCAGCUUCUUCCCUCUGGACAAGAUGACCUACCUGAAGAUCCAGUCUUUUGUUAACAGAGUGGAGGAGAGCCUCAGCCUGAUCAAAUACACAGCUUUCCUCUAUAAUGACCAGCUAAUCUGGAGCGGGUUGGAACAAGAUGAUAUGAGGAUCCUGUACAAGUAUCUGACCACCUCACUGUUCCCCAGGCACUCAGAACCAGAGUUGGCUGGCAGGGACUCUCCCCUGAGGCCAGAAGUUGCAGGAAAUCUUUUGCACUAUGGGAGGUUUUUAACUGGACCUACCAAUCUUAAAGAUCCAGAGGCCAAAAUCAGAUUUCCAAAAAUAUUUGUCACUGCAGAAGAUGGCUCAGAGGAGCUGCAUCUGAUUGUUUAUAAGGCAAUGAGCGCUGCAGCUUGUUUUAUGAUCAGCGCCUCCGUGGAGCUGACGAGGGACUUCUGUGAGCAGCUGGACGGCUUGGUGGGCCCUCAGCUGACUUUGCUGGCAUCGGAUAUAUGUGAACAGUUCACCAUAAACCGCAGAAUAUCUGGUCCAGAGAAGGAGCCCCAGUUUAAGUUCAUCUACUUCAACCACAUGAACCUGGCAGAAAAGAGCACCAUCCAUAUGAGGAAGACGGCCAGUGUUUGUCUGACCUCUGUCCAUCCUGACCUCAUGAAGAUCCUGGGAGACAUCAACUGUGACUUCGCAAGGGUUGAUGAAGAUGAGGAAAUCAUCGUAAAAGCUAUGACAGACUACUGGGUAGUCGGUAAGAAGUCAGACCAGAGAGAGCUGUACGUGAUCCUGAAUCAAAAGAAUGCCAACCUGAUUGAAGUGAACGAGGAAGUUAAGAGGCUUUGUGCGACGCAGUUCAACAACAUAUUCUUUUUGGACUGAGCAUACAGUUGGAGAUUGUUUGACCACACUAAAAACUGUCAGCAUUGCAGGGUAUCAUUGACAGCAUCAGCGUAAUGCAAUAAUUGCAUUGUAAAAUAAACAUUGAUAAUGAAAAGCUUUCUCACUAAGUUUUUUUUUUUUUUUUUAAUUUAACCUUAAAAAAAUAUAUAUUUUCCCCUUGUAAUGAACUGUAAAAAAUUAGAUUUUUACUGUACAUCUAUCUUAUUUCAUUUUCUUUGUACAUAGCUGUAGGGUUUUAAAUGUUUUACCUUUUUAAUUUCUUCCACAUUUCUAAUUGUUAAUUUGUUUUGUUGUUUUUUUUUAUUGAACACAUCACAACAAUAUCUUCAAUUAAUUUAAAAACUCACAUGCACCAAGCAGUGUACUCGGCUUUAAUUUGAUGAUCAAUGGGUUUCAAGUCAUCCUUAUGUCAGAUCAGUGUUUUUUGUUUGUGUAUAUACAACUGCACUAACUUUAAAUAAAUUAAGAAGUUAUUUUA